CAAUCAUUCCACGUAAUGCGAGUAACGACGCCCUUAUUGGCGCUCUUCGCCGCCUGUUUGGUUGGUCCAAUUGCUAAUUUUGGACGAGCAGUUCAAGCUGUUCCUUUUGUCGAUCGAUUGCAAGAAAUGACGGCAGCCAUACAGCCUUCGUUCAGCGAAGCACUCGUUCAUUUAUCAAACCUGUUCGAUUUGGUUAUGAAUUACGACGACACUGUCGCCAAUGGCUCCAUGGAUAAUGCUGCAACAAUUUCUAUUCAAACAGCUAUCCGAUUGGCCUCGAAUUCGCUCAACGAUACGGAAGCCAUCACCGUUCAUCACAUAAAAUUGUAUGAAGCCAAUUUGCUUUCUUUGGCUACUGAUAUCUCUGCGAAAGAAGAACAACUCCGCAACGACAACACUGAACUGGAGCGGUUGACGAUCGAAGUGAUGAAAUGGCAAGGUGAAGCAGAAAAACUUGGCCAAGAAAUUGCAGAACUUGAUAAUAAAGUGCGCGAUGCUGACCAAAGAGCCGCACAUUCCCAAGCAAGGGUUCAAAGGAGAAGAAAGAAUAGAUGGAAAUGGAUUGCAGCAACGGUUGUAACAGGAGGUUUAGCAGCUCCAGGUCUUGUCCUCAACGAGAGAGAUAUACAAAAACUGAAAAGAGAUCGUGAUGCUUGGCAGGCGCAGGCCAAUGAACGACGGCAAUUACUUCAAGUAGCAGAUAAUAACCUUCGCGAAAUUACAACUCGCCAAAAAGCCACAGAAGAGUCUAUUCAAAGGACGCGGUCGAUUCUUGAAUCUUCUCGAGCGAUUCUGGAACAACUUCGAGGGCAGUAUGCAAUCUUGGGUGGUCUCGGGGCCCAGAUUAGAAAUGUUUCCACUUUUCUCCUAUUGCUGAAUGGAGAAAUGGGUGUUAUUCACAACCAGCAAAAGCUGAUGGUGCUCUUCAGUCCUUUGUUGGAAUCUGUUAAUAGUUUGGUUACUUUCCUAGAGGGCAAUGCCAAUAUGAUAGUUCUAAUAGGUGACAGAGAUGCUCUAUCUAAAAUCCGUCAACACCUUUCACAAAACGUUUUGCCUGCAUUGGGAAACUGAAGAAAGAACCUGAUCCGUUGACCAGAACGUAGCAAUUUGAACUUCAUUGAAUUAAAAAAAAAUUCUGCCUACGUUUGCAAGGUUGUAUUUGUGAUUUAUAAUUGGAAUUUGGGUAGGUACAUCAAAGUAACUUAAAAUGACUUAUUGUUGAAUGUCUAACAGAUUAACAAUAAAAGCAAAUAUUUUAUUUUCA